UGGAGCCAGAGUUCAAGUAUGUUGGAAACAUGCAUGGGAACGAGGUGCUGGGCCGUGAGCUGCUGCUGCAGCUCUCUGAGUUCCUGUGUGAGGAGUACCGCCGGGGCAACGAGCGGAUCACCCGCCUCAUCCAUGACACGCGCAUCCACAUCAUGCCCUCCAUGAACCCCGACGGGUACGAAGUGGCUGCCAAGCAGGGCCCAGACAGCAACGGGUACUUGACGGGGAGGAACAAUGCCAAUGGAGUGGAUUUGAACCGCAACUUCCCUGACCUCAACACAUUCAUGUACUACAGCAGGGAAAUCAGCGGACCGAAUCACCACAUCCCACUGCCUGACAACUGGAAAAGCCAGGUGGAGCCGGAGACAUUGGCUGUGAUCCAGUGGAUCAGCAGCUACAACUUUGUGCUCUCAGCCAACCUGCACGGUGGAGCGGUGGUGGCAAAUUACCCCUAUGACAAGUCUCAAGAUCAGCGCCGGCGCACAGUCAACACGCCUACCCCUGAUGACAAGUUGUUUCAGAAGCUGGCCAAGACCUACUCAUAUGCCCACAGCUGGAUGUACCUUGGCUGGAACUGUGGGGACUACUUUGCCGAUGGCAUCACAAAUGGGGCGUCCUGGUACUCACUUAGCAAAGGCAUGCAGGACUUUAAUUACCUCUACACCAACUGCUUUGAAAUCACCCUGGAGCUCAGCUGUAAUAAGUUUCCCCCUGAGGAGGACCUGGAGCGGCAGUGGAUGGCCAACCAGGAGGCCCUUGUUGCUUUCAUUGAAGAGGUUCACCAGGGCAUCAAAGGGAUGGUGUCAGACGAGAACAACAAUGGCAUUGCAGGAGCAGUGAUUUCUGUCCAGGGAAUCAGCCAUGACAUCACCUCUGGUGAUAUGGGGGAUUAUUUCCGGCUGCUGCUGCCUGGCACUUACACUGUCACAGCCUCUGCAGAGGGGUAUCAGCCCCAGAUGGUGACAACAACAGUGGGACCAGCUGCCCCUUCAUUGGUGCAUUUCCAGCUCAAACAAGAAGUGGUGAGGAAGCCCCCAGAGCGUAAAGCCUUGGGUACACGCAUGAACAACAAAGCCCUUCAGAAGAAGGUCGUGCCAAGAGCCACCCACCGGGGGACCCAAAGAUGAGGACAGCUCACUUGGCUGAGAGUGGGGGGAAGCCGUUUAUAGGAGGCCUGGCUGAUGACUCCAGCCAGUGACCUUUCCAACAGUCCAUCAUGAAACUAGCCCAAAUUAUUAGGUUAUUAAACAAGGAAGUAUUUAAUCC